CUUCCGAGGUUUCAAUGUUCAGCUUACAUCCAUGUCUAACCCUCAUCCGUCCACAUCUUCACCGUAAUCUCUCUCUCUCUCUCUCUAGUACGGCUUAUGUCUUCUACUGCAAGAACUCCAUUUCUUGGACAUGGAAACAAAUCUGUGGGAUAAGAAAAGAGCUCUUAUAUGUUCCAUAGGUCGAUGCAUGAUAACCAUCUUUAGUAGUACCAGGGGAGGAGAGGAUGGUGAUCACAGGGAGCAGCCAGAGGUAGGAAGUGCUGCAAGGCAACCUUUAAUGCCAGACGACGGCUACCAGUGGAACAAGUACGGUCAAAAACACAUCAAGAACAUCAACAAGACCAGGAGCUACUUCAAGUGCCGAAACAAGGAGUGCAAGGCAAAGAAGAGGGUGGAAUGGCCUCCUGCUGAUCCAUCCAACUUGAGAAUUCUCUACGACGGAUCGCACCACCACCAUCCUCCAGCGGAUUCACAGCAGCUCCCCAGUGUUGCAGGAAACCGACUGCAGGUACAAAGGUGUUGAAUGCUGAAUGCUUUAAGUACUCCAUUGGUGAACAUGAGAGGAUCUUUAACUGCGAGCAGACGAUGAGAACAGAGAAAGACUAGAUAUCAUAGGACUGAUAGAAUAGUCAUAACUUUAAGGUCAGAAUGACCAAUCUGAAUUGUGGUUCAACUACCAUGGACAGCUUCUGGAUAGAGGAAUCAGCUCAACUAUAUACUAUGGAGAUGAUCAUUA